CAUAGACAUCUUUAUUUCCAAGGUUUGUUACGAAUUCAUUUCACACCACUCAUAGCCGUAGCACAUAAAACCUCGUUCUGCACAUGGUUUAGUCAUGGCAAUGAGAUUUCACCUCUAGUUUCCUGUAUCCAUUUCCUUCACAUAGUUCUUUAACUCCAUUGAUUUACUCCUUCAUAGCCAUGGCAACUCCACUUUACACUUACUUCUUUUCUCACACCAUACACAAACCUCAAUUUCCUAUCUCGUCCUCCUGUUCUUACUUCCUUUCCCACUUCAAUUUGAAAACCAAACAGCUAGAGAAUUCAGUGAUUAAUUCCCCAAAUUCUUUUUCAAUUUCAGCAGUUUCUCCAAUAUCUGAUACUUCUCGAUCUAUUACUUCAUCAAAUUCAUCAAAGACUCUUCCUUUCCGGGUUGGGCAUGGGUUUGAUCUUCAUAGGUUGGAACCUGGUUAUCCUUUGAUUAUUGGGGGCAUCAAUAUUCCUCAUGAUAGAGGAUGUGAGGCUCAUUCUGACGGUGAUGUGCUGCUUCAUUGUGUAGUGGAUGCAAUAUUGGGAGCAUUGGGGCUUCCGGAUAUUGGACAGAUUUUCCCUGAUAAUGAUCCUAAGUGGAAAGGUGCUCCUUCUUCUGUUUUCAUCAAAGAAGCUGUGAGACUUAUGCAUGAAGCAGGAUAUGAACUGGGCAACUUGGACGCCACCUUAAUUCUUCAACGACCCAAAGUAAGUCCACAUAAAGAGGCUAUCAAGGCCAAUUUAUCUGUGCUGCUCGGGGCUGAUCCAUCUGUCGUCAACCUGAAAGCAAAAACCCAUGAGAAGGUUGAUAGUCUCGGAGAAAAUAGAAGUAUCGCGGCUCAUACUGUCGUUUUAUUAAUGAAAAAGUAAAUAACCCAUUCAUGAACAAUUGAUCCCACAUUGUUUUAGAUAAAUGUAAAUGUACUAUCAUUUGUAUGUGGAGUAGCACUUGAGAAAAUCAAUCUUGCCAUAUUCUCCAAUUGCUUUAUUGAAAAGUUUUUUCGUGGA